AGUUCAAUGACAUACAGAGCAACACCAAUUGUUGUUGUUAAAUGUUAUCAAUAUCAAAAAGGUGUAACCAACUAUCGGCAAAAUAGCGACCUUCGUAUUUGUUACUGGCCAGUAAUCGAUCAGCUGUCGGUUGGCAUCGACACGUUGCGUUACGCGGGAAAACCUGCCGCCAUCUUUACGAUCUGAUAUAAUGAGUGAACUUUUGUGUUAAAAUCGAAAAAGAAAAAAAAUAAAGUGAUAAAAAUGGUAAACGACGAAAAAGGAACAGAUUGGGAGAAAGAAAAAUUGAACCCGAAUGGAUGGGCCCGGGCUCUCAGCCAGCAGCAGCUAAAUGUGGUGCGGAGGGUGUACCAACAGGAGACCCUCAACAAAGAUGCCGAUUAUAAACUACCUGAAAGAACAGCGAGUGAGCGGUUCAGGAAGGUCGUAAGGAACUGCGGCUUCGGUGAUUGCCUGUUGAACUCCAUACCCAUAAUAAAAUGGUUGCCGCAGUACAGCUGUCAGAAAUACAUGCUAGGCGACCUGAUCGCCGGCGCUACUACAGCCGUCAUGCAUAUACCCCAGGGCAUGGCCUAUGCGCUCCUGGCUGAAGUGCCUCCCAUAGUGGGAUUGUACAUGGCUUUCUUCCCUGUCCUUAUCUAUGUACUGCUUGGUACCUCACCCCAUGUGUCAAUGGGAACCUUCGCUGUAGCCUGUCUUAUGGCUGGAAAGGUAGUAACACAGUACGCGACCCCGGAAGUGGUUGGUGGAAAUACAACACAUGUUAGCAUGUCAGUAAUAGGUAUAGGAGUGGAUCACGAAAAUAAUAUGCACUAUUCUCCGCUAGAGGUCGUCAGCGUUGUUUGUCUGUUAGUGGGGAUUUUUCAGAUAUUGAUGUGGAUGCUCCGGUUGGGCGCAGUAUCCACAUUGCUGUCGGAGCCCCUGGUCUCAGGGUUCACUACGGCAGCCUCCUUCCACGUACUGGCCUCACAGCUUAAGGACCUCUUUGGCGUGAAACUCCCCAAACUAUCUCCAAAUUAUAAAGUUAUCUUUACGUUUGUAGAAGUAUGUAAGAAUCUACCAAAUCUAAACUGGGCUGCGUUUGUGAUAUCAUUUAUCACGUGCCUCAUCAUCGCACUCAAUAAUGAAAGGCUCAAGCCAUGGGUGAGCAAAAGAUCCCGUAUUCCAGUCCCCAUAGAGUUAUUGGCCAUUGUGAUUGGUACAUUAGCUUCAAGGUUCGGCCAUCUCCGCGAGACCUACGGCAUCGGUCUGGUUGGAAACAUUCCUACUGGCCUUCCGAAGCCAACAGUGCCACCCCUAGAGCUUAUGCCGGACAUUGCUAUCGACUGUUUUACAAUUACCAUGGUGACCUACACUAUAUCCAUGUCUAUGGCUCUUAUUUUCGCCUCCAAGGACAAGUAUGAAGUUGAUGCCAACCAGGAAUUAUUGGCAUUGGGUGCUAGCAACAUGUUUGCCUCAUUCUUCGGCUGUUCUCCAUUCUGUGCCAGUCUUUCGAGAUCCUACAUUCAGUAUCAGGCGGGUGCUAAAACUGGUAUAACCUCGGUAGUAAGUGCAACCCUCAUUCUAUUCGUGCUGCUAUGGAUCGGACCAUUCUUUGAGCAGCUGCCUCGCUGUGUGCUCGCUUCCAUCAUCGUUGUAUCACUCAAAGGCAUGUUCAUGCAAAUCUUCGAGCUUAAGAAGUUCUGGGCUCUAAGUAAGCUGGAUGCUCUGGUAUGGCUUGUCACAUUCCUCAUCACCUUAUGCAUCAACAUCGAUAUUGGUCUGGGAGCUGGUCUUCUAGCUAGCGUGGGAGCAUUGUUCAUUCGUUCGCAGAACCCCUACACCUGUCUUCUAGGAAAAGUUUUGGACACAGACCUGUACCUCGAUAUCAAGAGAUACAGAGCGGCUGAAGAACUUCCCGGCAUCAAGAUCUUCCACUACUGCGGUGGAUUAAACUUUGCCACGAAGAAUUUGUUCAGGGAGAAGCUGUUCCGCAAGAUCGGCUACAUGAAGCCAAUAGAGGUGGUCAGUGAUGAGGACAAUAACCUCACCAAGAGCGAGUCUUACCAGUGGGACCCCACUUUAAGUCGUAGGGUACAUUGUGUGAUAAUAGAUGUGACAGCAUUGUCUUACGUGGACGGACCUGGCAUUAAGGCUUUAGUGGCCGCACAGAAAGAGUUGGUUGCCAACAACAUAGCUGUCCUACUCGCAGGAGCAAACGGUCCAGUAUUAGAAAUGAUAGACAGAUACAAUUCCAUAGAAACGGACAUUCUACAAAUGGAAACGUUUCCAACGGUGCAUGAUGCAGUGUUAUUCUACAGACAUCUAGAAUCCAAGAAACAUGUCACAGUAACCGUCACCACGUGAGGCCAAAACCUAUUCCCUUAGGGAAUAAAGUAGUCAAAUAUACACUUAUGACAUUUGACAUUCAGUAAUUUGACAUUGACAUUUGAAUUAUUUGACAGUUGACAGAUGUCACAUUACUGAAUGCAAUGUACAAAUGUAAACUAUAGUGAUCAUAGGUUGUAUAAUAGCUAAACACAAUUAGCUCAAUCACAAUACUGCGUCUCCUAUUUCCAUUUUUAUUUUUAAAUUACCCUGGUAUUUUCUUUUUGAGUUUUUAAAAAAAAUGACACUUAUCUAUUUCCUACCUAACAAUCUUAUUUUAUAAGAAUUAGUAAUGAUUAAAAAUCUUGGCAGAAUAUGAAAUAAGUUUGAAUUAUUUGAUUUCUGUACUUACCACAGAAAGACUUUAAAUUUUAUAAAUAUAUAAUAUUUGCAAACUAUUUUUUUUUUCGUAACAUAACGCAUUGACAUGUAUUAAAUAUAAAUAUGCCAUUCUGCCAAGAUCCAUCCCAAAAACGCAAUUUUACCUAAAUCCUCGUAAAAUUCCUACAAUUCCUAGUUCCUAUUAUAAAUCCAGUUAUAAAUAAGUGAAGUUCAGUAAGAAAUUACAGGGUAAAUAAAAAAAUAAAAUAAUAAAUAAUAGUAAUUUAUUUAUGGCUUAGUUAUACAAUAACUAUAGGCAGUAUAAACAUUAACAGCAUUGUCUUAAAAUCUAUUUUGAUUUGUAUUGAAUAUUUAUUUAUGGGGAGUUUUAUGUGUGCAUUACGAAAUAAUAAACAAUAUUUAAAAACACGUAUUUGUAAACAAAAUUUGAAAUACUGACAUCUAUCGGAUCAGUUGAUAACUAAUAUCUCAAAUGCAUAAAACUUCCCGUACAGAAUAUCAUUUUCUGCUUGGGUAUCUGACUUGGUGAAAAAUAAAUAAUUUCGACUUACUUAGAUACUGAAAAUAUACGCUUGUAUUAAUUGAUUUUGAAAUAUACUAUUCGAUAUAUGAUAUCGAAUAUCUAUCCUAUAUUAUGAUUGAUGCAAAAAGUGCAUGACCACAACAUAUUUUUAAUCAUGUGUAUUAAUUGAACAUAAAACUGUCAAAACUGUUUAGUCGCAUACCCAAUUUCGUACGAAAUUAUACAUAUUAAGCAUUUUAAGACUAACUCAAAAUACAGCCUCUACAAAGGACUUUGUAGUCCCACAAUUUUUAUCCAAUAAAAAAUAUGUUACCAAUAUAUCGGAUACUUAAAAUAGUAAUAAAAUUAUUUUAUUGUUAAUGU